AUGGAUGAAGGAUUUUGCUCAGAUUAUAUAUUACUUUGGUAUUACCAUUUACAAGCCGAUGAUUGCCGACCAUUUGUUUAUGGUGGAUGUGGAGGAAACCACAAUCGUUUCAAAACCAGACAGAAGUGUGAACAGAUAUGUAAAAGUAAAACAGGUGAGCUUAUGAAAAAAAAAAUUCAUUAA